AUGUACCUCCGAGAGCAGCUUUGUAGCUGUUCCCGCCAUGAGGGUGGUGCUGAUGCCGUGAAACAUAGUCGGAACUCUGAGGCUGCAUUGCUUAUCGCAUACCCGAUUCCACAUGAAGCUGCGUCAUGGUCAUCCGGAGUGCUAAUGGUCGUCAUAUUUGGUCCGAUACCGAUAUUUGUCAUUUAUAAGAUUGCAUGCGCGAUUCACAGGAAGAUGCCCUUCCGCUCUUUAUUCGAGCCAGAUCUUGCGCUUUGGGGACCACGAAAUGAGGAGAAUCGCGUACGUGCGGCUGCAUGGGAGAAAAAGAUGAAUGUUCGUUUGCAUUGGUAA